AACGGACUUGACAAUUUAAUGGUUUCAUAUGAUGGAAUAUGUUUUUGUGGUGAGGUAGAGUGGAAGUAUUUUCUAAAUGCUGGGGACACCAACUGGGUCCAGAUUGGCAAGGCCCUUAGCAGGACUGAAUUUACUCAACACUAAAACCAAGAGGUAGCGGUAUACUCUAAAAGCAUACAUGUGACGCCAAUGUUUCCAGCCAUAACUGCUUUAAAAUCUUCAUAAAUGCUCUAGAAGCGAGCAGGAGGAGUGUAACGGCUGCUAGAUAUAUUAACUGCUACGAUACAAAGUGACCGUAUAGUUAGUGCUCAGCCUGCGUAGUGUGGACUGUUGACGAUUAGCCUCUUGCCCUGGAGUCUCCGGUGAUUGACCCAGAUCAUGGAGAUGAAUGGGGGGUGAGUGGGAGAUGCAAGUGUUGGAUAUCACCCUGGAUAAGCCUGUCUGAGCCGCGUCUUGUCUCGGCUGAUCUUCAGUCACUAAACACAGACCGUCAGCUCGCACUGGUGUAGAGUCACUCAGAGGCUCUUCACCUGAACGACAAAGGCUACCUGUGGUGACUUUUAGGCCUUAGAUAUAUAUGUAAAAUAUCACCAUGCAUAUCAGUCCUUAGAAAUAUGAGUUUAAUGGUACAUUUUCGUCAGGCUCUCUUAGUUAUUAUUAAAUAUAUAUUUCAGUUCGUCUAUCUCAGGUCUGUAGGUGAAAGGUAAUCGCUCCAGCUCGAGGGUCGCGCAGUGACGUCACUGAGGGGGGGUUGCCCCGCUCCGCUCCGUAAAGCAGUCCGACUAAACGAACAACGAUGAGAGCGGAAAUUAAGAGAUUCUAACUUCAGAAUAAAACCCACAGACAUUAGGAGCUUGUCAGACCCUUUAACAUCCUCGUGAACUACUGUCGUUUUUACAUGGUUACAUUAAAACUGCACCUUUUUUAUUAAAAAAAAGUACAUGUGAUGCAGUUUUACUAUAGACAAUGGUCACACUGCAUGUUUACCACAAAACAAAAACACGAUGAGAAUAUACUCUCUUUUCCCUCAUUAGUCGUGUCCUGAGGUAUCUAACCAGACAGAGAGCGUUGGUUGUGUUUGUCCAGGUUUUGGAACAAACCUUAAUAUCGUAAAGAUGAAUGGCAUUUUGUAGUGAGGCUAAAAUCAUUUGAAUUUGUAACAAAUUAAAUUCACAAACCAUGUCCUGUUUACUCUAGUUAACCUCAUGUUUUUUUGUAACUACGGUCUACCAGAUAAAUAAAACGCCAUUUUCAUAGUGAACAGCAAGCAAUAACAUUUAGCACUGAAAGUCAUCUUUCCCAGCUCAUGGGCACUGAUGCAUUUACAGGAUGUCAAAUAGCACAUUAAUUAAUCACACAUGUUAUUGAUGUCAUAUCACAGCCAUAUUAUUAGCAUACUGUCUAUCAAAACUGAAUAUAAGUCCUCUGAAGACUGGACGUAUUAAGUUAACUAGUUAUGUUUUAAGUGGUGCUCAGUGAUCUGAUGGAGCAUCUGUAGCCGAACUGGCGUCACAAAUAUGAGGAAUAUCAAAUGAGUGUUUUAUUUUGAAAAUUCAGUCCGGAAGUCACGUUCUUCAUUGUGGCCGGCUUGACACGCUGGCCGAGCAUCGCAGCUUUCCGUCCUGAUGAAAAUAUCAAAGUGUGCGUUGUCCUUGUGUUCCGUCAGAGAGCGCAGGGGUCGCGGUCAGUCCCGUGGCAUCAGCGGGGCGUAGAAGGUAGAGUGUCCGGCCCGGAGUGUCACUGUCCCCGGACGUCAGGAACCACAAGGUCCCACCUCCGAGUGACGGAUCCCCCCCACCACCCCCCCUCCCGCGGCUUCUGGAGCCGCUUUCUCCUUGGAUGACCUACACGCAACCUCUCGUAGUAGCAGCGGACGUCGGUUCACUACAGCGGAACACCUGCUGCUUACUCUGAGGUGCAACAGUAUCGAUCACACAGCGGGCGACAAGUCAAAGCGAGUCUCUUGCAGGCUUCAGGCCGACCGUGGAGCAGCUGACCCGGGGAAGAAAAAAUAAAUGAGAAAUCAAGCUGCGAAUUUGUCUUCACCGUCGUUGUUGCGUCAGGGGGAGCCGGCAGAGGACUGCGAGGUGAUCGAUGUGCUUACCCGAUGGUUCAUGAGAGAGAGCGUCUUUACUCAGACACGACAGAAUAUCAUUUUCGUGUUCACAUGAUGUACACGAUCACCAGAGGUCCCAGCAAACUUGUCACACAACGGAGGACAGGUCCCACGCAGCAGAUCGAGAGCAAGUUCGGCGACCUGAAGCUCAAGCCGACGUCUUGGCUCUCAUCGAACUCUCCGUCCCCAAAGAUUGUGUUCAACCGUCUGAACGGGAAGCGCUACCACGGUGCAGCCACACAGAAGCCCGCAAGCCCAGCGGAGGGAUUCACGCCUGCACAUGAAGAGAACGUCAGGUUUGUGUGUGAAGCAUGGCAGGAGGUGGCGCAGAGGCUGGGAGAUGGGGAGUCAGCUGACAGCCAGGGGCCCGUUCAGUACACCGAGAAGACUCCCAGUGCUGCGAUGAAGAACUUUGUGCCCAUAGACCUGGAAGAGUGGUGGGCUCAGCGCUUCCUUGCCAACAUUGCCAACCUGUCAUGACCGCGUGAGGCUCUGAGGCGGGACGGGAAGCGCCGACUCGAUGCUCCGCUGUGAGGGGCAUCUCGGGGGUGAAGAGGGAGGCGAGUACGUCUCCAGGAUCGGUGACGCAAAAGGGUCGUUCAUAAUUAGGAAUCUGAUUUGAUGCCCCGUGCUCCACGCUGCUGUAGAGAAAACCAACCCCCCCCCCCCCCAAUGAAACAACAGCGACCUGACUGAGCUCUGACAGCUCUGACUUGAAGUUGCGCUGCUGUGAAGGACCCGUCUAUCUACAUGGAAGCUGUGAGAACCCUCGCCUGUAUGUACGUCUCAGCUGAUCUUUGGAUAGAAAUCUACUGAAGAUCAAAAGAAGUAAAAUGUUUUUCAAAAA